AAGACACAUCAGCGAAACCAAUGCUUGUCAAAUUAACGCGGGUGACGUUUUCAAAAUUCUCCGAGUUCAAAAUUCAUGUUAAUAGACCCCUCAUAUCUUUUAUCAUGUGAGAAGUUCCCCUAAAAUCCGCCAACAUGGUCAUGGGGCAAUUCGUAACCACCUACCGCAAGGACUACCUAUGGCCUUACGUGAAAACCUUGGGCAUGCGCCCUGAGCCUGAAAGACUCUAUGAACCUCAAUACAGGGACAGAGAUGGACAACAUAUGUGCCCUUGUCACUGCUUACCGCCCGUGAUGGGCGGUGACAGGGUGCUUCUGGGAUCUGACGUCUACGAGAAAGAGCAAUGGAGUCGUAUGGGCCCCAUGGGACCCCUUCUGGACCCAAAGACCUUCCCUGCGAAGGUUGGGUCUGCCCCUGAAUCGGAAGUAGCAAGGUACAAUCAGCCGAACGUGUUCUUGCAGAAAUUGCAGGAGAAGUACCCUUUUAUUUAUGAGUGUUUGAGAAGUGCCCCUCCUGAUGAUCUGAUAUCUAGGAUUAAUAGGGAUAGACUGUCCACCACCUAUGAGGUGGACUACUGCAAAAAGAAUGAAUACCCGUCAGCUCCGUACGAAGAGCUAUUAAGAGCUGCUGGUGUAGAAGGCUUAGCUCCGUGCCCAGAGCCUGUGAGGCUACCUGGAGAUCCGUGCAGACCAUUGAAGAAAGUCAGCAUUUCGAAGAGGAUAGGGGGUGGAAAGGCUUGUGGUGGUCUGCCUAAAUCUGAUGACGCCAAGAGGAAUGAACAGAACAUAGGUAGCUGCAAGGCAGAUUUCUUCGCGUUGACUUACGGCGUUUCCGAAUAUCAAGACACAUAUUCCAGGCUGGGACAUCUGAUCGUGAGGGAUGGGUUGCAUAAUCCCGACAGGAAAAGAAGAUAACGUUAAAUGUGUAUAUGAUCUGUUUAUGUGAUGUUUAGUAAAGGGAUUACCAAAUUAAGUGGCAAUUUGUAUUCAACCCGACAAAGCUGCAAGAUGAUAAGGAGUAUGGACUGUAAUUAAUUAAGAUGGGAUUGUUUAAAGAAGUUAUGAGGAAAAUGAUAAGAUGAAGCAGCUGAUUUUUGAAUUUCGAAGUAUUUCAGCAUUUUUAUUCGAGAAGAAUGUUGCGUACAAGCUGCAAGUCCCACACAGUACAAGAAGUAUAUUUGUAUCCACUCAAAAAAAAUAUUCUAAUAAUAGUAGUAAUAUACAGG